AUGAAGUUCACUAUUGCACUCACCUCCACCUUAUUGGCAGUCGUCAACCUCGCCGUCGCCGCUCCCACAGUGGUCGCUCGAGAGGAAACUGUAUCUGUUUCCUAUGAUACGAAAUACGAUGUGAAAGCAUCACCUCUGACGACCGUCGCCUGCUCCGACGGAAUCAACGGGUUGAUCCCUCUUGGAUAUACUACCUUCGGCUCUUUGCCAAACUUCCCCAACGUUGGCGGUGCCCUCACCAUCCCGUCCUGGAACAGCCCUAACUGCGGCAAAUGCUACCAGUUGCACUACUCCAACGGCAAAUAUGAAAACACCAUAAAUGUCCUUGCCAUUGACGCCGCCCCAGGGGGCUUCAACAUCGGCCUUCAGGCGAUGAACACCUUGACCAAUGGCCAGGCCGAGCAACUGGGCCGUAUCUCCGCCACCUACGUUGCGGUGGAUGACAGUGUGUGCGGCAUGUAA